ACAGCCCUUACCAGGAGACAAAUCAGGAAAUAACGCAGUAGCUCUUUCGGGGAGCGUGCCCUUGAAAAUAAAGCUUUGCUGCUCCAUGCGAAAGAGAAUUUACUCUCCAGCGAUCUGGGAAUCUGAGUCCAGGCUGAGCUGCAAGCCGUGAGCCGCCCAGAGACAUCGCUGCCCCCAAGGCCCCGCAUGGACGUGGCUGGGAGGUGGCAGCGGGAGAGGACAGGGAGUCCCUGAUGCACUGACGUCCAGCCAUGUCUGGGAAACACUGGCCCCCCGGGACGCAGUGCGUCACCAAGCACGACCACACCAAGCCCAAGGCCCAGGAGCUGGCCUUCCACAAGGGUGACGUGGUCACCAUCAUCGAGGCCGUGGAGGGCAAGGGCUGGUACCGCGCCAGGCACAACAAGACGGGGCAGGAGGGGCUGCUGGCGGCCAGCGCGCUGCGGGAGCGCGGCGCCAUCCGCGUCGACCCCAAGCUCAGCCUCAUGCCCUGGUUCCACGGGAAGAUCUCGGGGGUGGAGGCGGUGCAGGAGCUGCAGCCCCCCGAGGAUGGGCUGUUUCUGGUGCGCGAGUCUGUCCGGCACCCCGGCGACUACGUACUGUGCGUGAGCUUCGGCAAGGAGGUGAUCCACUACCGCGUGGUGCACGAGGAGAACACGCUCAGCAUCGACAACCAGCAGUACUUCUCCAACCUCAUCGACAUGAUCGAGCACUACAUGAAGGAGCAGGGAGCCAUCUGCACCAAGCUGGUGAAGCCCAAACCGAAAACCGGCAUGAAGUCGGCUGAGGAGGAGUUGGCCAAAGCCGGCUGGUUGCUGAACCUGCAGCACCUCACGCUGGGAGACCGCAUCGGGCAAGGCGAGUUCGGAGACGUCCUGCAGGGCGAGUACAUGGGGCAGAAGGUGGCUGUGAAGAACAUCAAGUGUGAUGUGACCGCUCAGGCCUUCCUCACUGAAACGGCUGCCAUGACGAAGGUCCGGCACAAAAACUUGGUGUGUUUGCUUGGCGUGAUCCUGCACAACGGCCUCUACAUCGUCAUGGAGUUUAUGAGCAAGGGCAACCUGGUGAACUUCUUGCGCACACGGGGCCGGGCACGUGUCCCGACCCAGCAGCUCCUCCUCUUCGCUCUGGACGUGGCCCAGGGCAUGGACUACCUGGAGUCCAAGAAGCUGGUGCACAGGGACCUGGCCGCCCGCAACAUCCUCAUCUCCGAGGAGAACGUGGCCAAAGUGAGCGAUUUCGGCUUGGCCCGGGUCAAUCCCAAGGGCGCAGAUGCUACUUUGCUGCCGGUGAAGUGGACGGCGCCGGAGGCCCUGAAACACAACAAAUUCUCCUCCAAGUCGGACGUGUGGAGCUACGGGAUCCUCCUGUGGGAAACCUUCUCCUUUGGGCGAGCGCCCUACCCCAAGCUGAGCCUGAAGGAGGUGACGGAGCUGCUGGAGGAAGGGUACCGCAUGGAGUCCCCCGAGGGCUGCCCGCCCACCGUCUAUGCCCUGAUGAAGAGCUGCUGGGAGCUGGAGCCGGGCAAGCGGCCGUCCUUCAAGAAACUCACGGAGAAGCUGCAGAAGGAGCUGAAGCACCUGAGGGAUGUUUAACCCCCAUCCCGCUCCCGGGAACCCGUGGUCAGAAGUGCCCCGGACCCGCCGGGGUUGGGAGCAGCGUGGCAAGGGAUGGCCGGGCAGUGGGGUGGCCCCCGGUGCUGCUCUCUCCCGGUGGAGAUGGGGCAGCAGCGGCGGGGGAGGGCU